AUGCAGAACGACUUCCGGUUACUUAGGUGUUUGGGCUGCAGUGCGGGGUCGUGUAGUGUCUUGACGCGGCGUGACGGACGUGUUUUCCACGUGACUCAGCAAUGCUGGACCUGCCAGAUCAUCGUGGAAUGGACAAGCCACACUGCCAACACUCAACAGGAGACGCCGAACUAUGCAGCAGGAAGCCAUCUCCAGAUAAAGGAGGAGGAGGAGGAGAAGUUUCAGGGGGAAGAGGAGCAUCCCAGGGAGGAGCAGCCCAGAGAGGAGCAGCCCAGAGAGGAGCAGUGCGAGGCGGGCAGGAGGAAGCAGCACACCCCCCUGGCCACCCUGGAGGAGGAGGGAGAGGAGGAGGGAGUGCAGGACAGAGAGGAUGAGGAGGAGGAGGAGAGGGGGGAGGAAGGUGUGCAGGAGAUUGGCAAUGUAGAGCAGGCAGAGCAGGAGCCUGACCAAGGAUAUGGAGGAGAGCAGGGGGAGGAGGAGGAGAGAGAGGAGGUGCAGGAGGAGAGAGGGGAAGGACAUGGAGCAGAGCAAGGGGAGGUGAAGGACAGAGAGCAGGAUGAAGGUGGUGAUGAAGAGGAGGAGGAAAGAUGGCAGGAACCAGAGAGGGAGGAGGACAAGGAAGGAGAACAAGGAAGAACACAGGAGGAGGAGGAGGGAGGAGAAGGAGAAAGAGAAGGAGAAGAGCAAAUGCAUGGUGAAAUGGCACAUGAAGGGGAGGAGGAAGAGGAGCAUUCGAAAAGGAGGAAGAGGACGAUCAAAAGAAGACGACGAGACAGCGAAGAAGAGGAGGAAGAGCUGGACGAGGAGGAACGCAAGGAACAGCGAAAGUAUGAAGAGGAGGCGGCGGAGAGGCUGAAGAGGUGGAGGAUGUACGUGAGGAAGAAGAGGAAGAUGAGGAGGAAAGAGAGCGAUGUAGAGAGGGACUCCGCGGACGAAAAGCGAGAAGGGGGAGGAGAGGGGGAGGAGAAGAAGGAGAAAGAAACCCAGCUGGAGGAUGUUGCCUCCUCCUCCUCCUCCUCCUCCGAAUACGAAUAUGAUGAAGACUGCAUGGAGGAGGAAGACAACGAUGAUGAGGGAGAGGACGAGGAGGAAGAUGAUGAAGAUGAAGAUGAGGAUGACAGGCGUAAGCGGAGAGCGCUGUGCCCGGACUGUGGCCUCCUGUUCUUCAGGAGAGGGGAGGAGCAGCACGUCUGCAAACCAGAGACAUGCCCCAUGUGUGGAAAAGGAUGCCUCAACGCACGGGGUCUCCGCAUACACAUCACCAAUUGCCAUCGGCGUGCCCAAGUGUGCCAGUUCUGCUACAAGUGGCUCAGGUGUGUGGAGGAGAAACUUGAGCACGAGGAGAGCCACCGAGACGAGACCCUAAAGUUCUACUGCUCAGAAUGCCCCGAGCGGUUCCGCACCAAAAAGAGUCGAAGUGCUCACAAGAAAACGCAUACAUACAUUUGUGAGGUCUGCGAUAAAGGAUUUAGGAAUGAGCAUCAUCUUGAAAGACACAAGCUGGUUCACACUGGAAAGAAGCCUUUUGUGUGUGAAUUGUGCGAUCGCUCGUUCAACCAAGACGGCCAUCUGAAGUCACACAUGCGCAUGCACACGGGAGAGAGACCCUUCAAGUGCCCGCAGUGUGAGAGGAGCUUCAACCACAACGUCAGCCUCAAGAACCACCUCCAGCGACACCACGGAGCCAAGACUGGCCCAGCUCAACAGGACCAACAGGAGGCUUCCGGCACACAGCAGGAGGGUUCUAGAACUGACCAAAGUUCCGGAACAUCGGAGUAGACUUUGCUGAGCAGGCCUGAGGAAGGUCCCAGUCAGAACUUUAUAUCAUGUUCUAGAACUGACCAUAGUUCCGGAACAUCAAAAAACCUUGGAACUACUGAAAUUUCCGGAACAUCUUACUCUGAGUCUUCAGGGUUGCAAAAAUGUGUAUUCCAGAACAACAGAACAUUCCACUAUGAUUCUAUUUUCCAGAAUCGCCCAAAGUUCUGGGAAAUCUGAACUGACAGAUUUAAGAAUCUUGGAACAUCAACAUUUGAUGGUUUAAGGCCAAGUUGGGUUUGUCAGAUAUCAAAAUAACUAUUAACUGAUUACUGUUACCAAACACAUAUAACCAAGUUGGGGUUUGCUGACGAGCUUCAAGUGUUUUUUUUCACAUUACUGACUGUUUCACCAUAACAUGCCAGCCUGUAGUCAGAUAACUGUUCUCAAAAUAACUGUUGACUGACUACUGUUAUCAAAACCGUUGCCUAUUGCUGAUGGGCAUGUGCAAAUAUUUGGCAAAGUGUGUGUGUGUGUGUGUGUGUCACAAUAAUGUGUAUGACUGAUUGUUCUGAAUCGUGCGUGCAUGCGUGUCUCGUCACAAUGUCGUAUGGCUGUAGCCAGCCUAGUCACAUGAUAACUGUUAUCAGUUCAGAGCUGUUUGUAAAAUGGCUGUCAACUACUUAUUUUCAUGUUUUACAGUAUUUUUAUUAUUUCGUAAGGAGUAUAUACGUUAUGGAAAAAUAUAUUAUGCUCUUUUAGUUGUCAGUGUUGCAUUAUUCUGCAUUCUCGUUUUUUUUUUUUGUCUUGGUCAUAUUGUUACGUUUCAUGUUUUUCAGAGUAUUUAGGAUAUCCUGUAAAGAGUUUAUACUGCACAUGUCAUACUACUGCUGCCUAUCCAUUACAUAAUGUCUGUUAUUGGAAAUCAUGCUGCUAUUUGCCGUGCCUAUUCAUUAGCUCUCGACAGGUUGAUUGCCUCCAUCCGCCUUUUUGUAUCAAGAAUCUUGCGUUCACUUUUUUUGGCAUGCUUUUUUCAAUCCCUUUUCUGACAUUAUUUUUUUAUAUAUUAGUAUAUGCUGUAUGUUAUAGAAAACACAUU